GCGAAACGUGGACGAAGUGGCGAGGCGAGCUGAGCCAAUUUUGAUCAGAUCAGGUAGCUCAAUUCUGCGACAAAUCAGAGUUUGUACUUUCGUUUUUAAUGUAAUUAAGUGUUUAAAUCAAAAACUUAAUCACGCGCUGCAAUUCAAUACAUGUCGUGACUCUCUUUGGAUCGUACUAACUUCAGAUUGGUGAAUAAUGUCGGCACAGAAGAACUUAGAUAAGAAGGAUACCUCAGUUCAAAACAUUACGGGCAAGUUAGAAAAGUCCCUAAGCAUUGGGGAUGGAAAAAAAGAUGAGGCUAAAGCUACGGAUGCUGCAAAUGCCCAAGCUAUAGGAAAAAAUUUCCGCCCUAAACUCACAAGCAAAUCAAACAGCACAGUUAGUGCUGAUCCUGACAAAAUUCUUGAAUAUGCAAAGGACAAAGUUGCUUCAAAAGCAGCUAAAAAUAAGAAAAAAGGAUCUCCUGGAGAGAAAGGUAGCGGCUCAACAAGCAAGCCAGGGGGAUCUAACAGUCAUUCUGGAGGGAAUAACCCGAAACCAGUUAUGAGUUAUGCUUCAAAACUGAAAGCUACCUCCAACACUCCCGCAGCUCCAGUCAAUCCUGCUGCAGGGCCAGCCCCUGUGACAACUCCGUCUUCAAUACAGGAUCGGCUUCAAGCAGCUCAGGUGUCAGCCCCUGUUGUCUCAACUAAUCAAAGCCUACCCAACGCUGCUACAACGUUCGUACCUUCUGCUUCUGCCCAAGCAACCCAGAAUGUGAACCCUGUUGCUUCGGUACCCAGUUCUUUCGUACCCUCUAACCCCUCUGCAACUUCGCUUCCCACCUCGCUAACUUUCACCAAUUCGCAGCAAACAUUCACUGCUCCCACUACGAAUUUUGAAGAUAUUCUCAGGAAGUCCAGCCUGAAUCCAGACGUGUGCGAUUUUCAGCCGGGUCGCCCGAGGGUGGUCAGUUCUCAGACGACGGUGGCCAACCCAAGUGAAGUGGAAGCAGCGGUCAAGAAGCUGAUCGAAGAUUUUACCCAAAGGAAAAACUUCUUCAAACAAAAUCUCGCCUACUAUGUCGAUAAUCACCUCAAACCAUUUUUGUCAAAUGCAGGAAAUAUUGAUGUUUUAAUUAGGACCUUGUUAAACAUUGUACUGGAAAAUGAAGAUUUUAUGUAUACGCUUGUGAAUCUUCUAACCACCUGUGCCACUGCCUGUAGUAGUUGUGACUUCAUUUCUCAAGUUGUAUCAACAGUCAAAUCCAUGUCCAGGGAGUUCAACCAUACAGAUGAAGAAAACAAUUUCAUUUUAGUAAUGGCGUAUUUGUAUCAAGGAUUAGCAGAAAAAUAUGCUAGCCAGUCAGCCCUGCUAUCUGAAGAGUUCCGCGCUGAUAUAAUGGCAAUGCUCAUGACGGAAGAUUUACCCAAAGUCAAACUUGCACUCCGAGCCCUCCAGAUUGCCCUUGGAAGACUGGAGAGGGAGCACAGUUCAUAUUUUGAGCAAGAAGUUGUAGCGUAUCUAUCUUAUUUAAGUGAAAAUAAAAGCGAAGUUCGGGACUCUAUUCAGCAAGUGAUUCACUACCGCUGCCUAUUACGCCAAUAUCAGGAUGAAGAAGCAUUGCAUGAUGAACUUAGCGAUAACCGUGCACAAUAUGAUUACUCGUCCAAUCACUCACAACCAAUGUGCGGACCGGAUGGGCAAGCUCUAACCGAUGAAGAGAUUCAUUUUUUGCAUAAUAUGUCACAAGAAGUUGAUUGUAUUCGGCUCGAUCAGCUGGGAGAAAUACUAGAUGAAGCGUACGAAGAUGAAAUGGAUGAUGAUGCUUACAAUGCCCUUGAUGAAUUUUUAAAAACAAUACCAAAAUAACAGCCUUACAUAAAAUGUAGCAGUUGGCUAUUCUACGCUCAAUUAUCGUUCAAUUUUACUUAAACUCUCUGUGUCUGUGAGUUGAACUCUGUUUCCUUCUUUUCCCUCAAUUUUAAUUUUUUCUAUAAACUGUUAGAUCAGUCCCAAACUCAGUGGCUUAGUUGAUAUUAACUAAUUAAGAACUAUUUUUUCUUUUUUCUUCUGUAGACAAAGGAAAUAAAGAAUAAUUUUA